AUGGAUGAUGAAGUCAAUGUAACGUAUAUAACUUUCGAUGGACAUGUGGAGUUGCAGAAAUACAGACAUUUGUAUUUUGUGGUCAUGUUUGCAUUAUAUAUUAUAAUAAUCUGUUGGAAUUCGACCAUUGUGUAUCUUAUUGUGAUUCACAAAAACCUCCAUGAGCCGAUGUACAUCUUCAUUGCAGCUUUGUUAAUCAACUCUAUUCUUUACAGCACAACAAUCUACCCCAAGCUUUUGAUCGACUUCUUAUCUGAAGAACAGAUCAUGACUUUCCCACGUUGUCUCUUUCAAGCUGCUGUGUAUUACACUAUGACCGGUUCAGAGUUUCUAUUGUUGUCGGCCAUGGCUUAUGACAGAUAUGUGUCCAUAUGUAAACCUCUGCAAUAUCCAACCAUCAUGAGGAAGACAACUGUAAAAGUCUGUCUCUUCAUAGCUUGGUUUGUUCCUGCUUGUGAACUUGGAAUAUCAGUUGUAUUGUAUAUUAAUGUAAAGAUCUGUCACAACAGUCUGAAAGGCCUCUUCUGCAACACGUCCAUUUUUAAACUUCAAUGUGUGCCCUCAGUGGCUCUGUCCAUUUAUGGAGUGUUUCUGUUAGUGAAUAUUUGUCUUCUCCCGAUGCUCUUCAUAGUUUUUACAUACAUCAGGAUACUCAUCGUCACUAACAGAAGGUUUAAAACAACGAGGACAAAAGCUCUACAGACCUGUUUACCUCACCUGCUGGUUCUUAUCAACCUUUCCUGUUUUAUGGCGUAUGACGUCAUUGUAGUUCGUUUGGAAUCAGAUAUACCAAAACUUGCCCGUUUCAUAUUGACAUUACAAAUAAUGGUGUAUCAUCCUCUUCUUAAUCCAUUUAUAUACGGACUGAAAAUGAAAGAAAUCUCCAAACACCUCAAACAUUUGUUGUUCCAGGUCGAAUCCCAUUAAAAUAUCUACACUGUGAUCUGAUGUCAGGUCUUUUACCUGCAGUGAUGAUGAGAUGUACCAGCUUCCUUAACACCAUCACACAG